CAUUUCUUCGGCCUGAGCCCAACGCACAUUCCACAUCCUGGCCUGGAGCUGCUAACUGGUCACAGUUCUUCCGAAGGACUUGACCGUGUAACUCAGCCGCACCAUACGGCCUGCUGGUGAUGAAUUCUGGCGGAGGCGGAGGAAUUAGAAAUGAUUAUCUGACAGGAGCACUGUAUCUGAGUUAUCUGCAAAAACCAAGAGUGUUCAGACGGAUUGGGAGGCCCCGUCUGAAGAGCUCCCUGGACGCUGCAGCAGGACACAGGGGGAUCCGCACCUCCCGGACGCGAAGCGCUGUGCACGAGGCUGCUCCUCCCAGCCCUGCGGGACCCCGGGGCGUGGCGUGGCGAGGUCUGACCGGAGCCCCCGGGAAGCAGGUGGAGCAGGAACGCCCGGGCUCCCCCGCCCCCGGUGCCGUGCAGCAUGGUCCUGCGGGAGUCUCCGUUCCCGAACCGGCUCCUGAGCGGCCUCUACAGCCUGGGCCAGUUCCUGCUGUUCCCCAGCUACUGGGCCACCGACUGCCUCCUCGACCUCAGGGAGACCACGGCGGAGCGGCAGCAGCACCGGUGCUGCCCGCUGCGGGCACUGCUCACCGGCCCCUUGCUGCUGCUGCUCCUCAUCCUCUCCAUGCCUGGCGCCCUCCUGGGCCUGCUGCUGUGGCUCCCCCUGCAGGCUGCCCGCAGGCCCUUCGCCUACAAACACAACGUGCUCUCGCGCCACCCGGAGGUGUGGGAGCUGCCGGGCAAAAGCAAGGCCUUCGGCUUCGUCAGCGCCAACGUCUGCCUCCUGCCCAACGGCCUGGCCAAGUUCAGCAACCUGGGGCAGAUGAAGCAGCGGGUGGCCCGCAUCGGCCAGCGCCUCACGCAGGGGGAGGCCGGCGCCAGCUUCGCCAGCCCCAGGAGCAGCCAGUUCCUGCUGCCCUCCAAGUAUGGGGCCACGGCGGCCAGCCCACCGCGGCCAGAGAGCCACGCCCGCCGGCCUGGCGCCAGCGUGGUGAUUGAGGUCCCCGACGGGGAGGGAGAGGCUGGGCCCGGGGAGAUCUCGGUGCCCUUCCCGCCGGACGUGGACUUCGUGUGCCUGCAGGAGGUGUUUGACCAGAGGGCGGGCGCCCGCCUGUGCCAGCUGCUGAGCCCCUUCUACGAGCACAUCGUGUACGACGUGGGCGCCUACGGGCUGCAGGGCUGUUGUACUCUCAAGGUGUUCGGCAGCGGGCUCUUCCUGGCCAGCCGCUACCCCGUGCUGGCCGCCCAGUACCGCUGCUACCCCGAGUGCUCCGGCGAGGACGCGCUGUCUGCCAAGGGGCUGCUGUCCGUGCAGGUGGAGCUGGGGGCAGCAGACGGGCAGCGGAUUGUGGGCUACCUGAACUGCACACACCUGCACGCGCCAGCCGCCGAUGCUCAGAUCCGCUGCAGCCAGCUCACCCAGGGGCUCUUCUGGGCGCAGCUGUUCCAGGACACCCACACGCAGCACGGGGACGUCGUCGCCUUCGACGUGUUCUGCGGGGACUUCAACUUCGACAACUGCUCCUCAGGGGAUGAGUUGGAGCAGACCCAUGAGAUCUUCCGCCAGUACCAAGACCCAUGCCGAGUGGGGCCCAGGCAGGACCGGCCCUGGGCCAUAGGCACCCUGCUGAACUACCUGCAUAUCCACGAGGAGGCCGUGUCGACCCCAGAGAAGCUGAAAAGGACCCUGGAGCAAGAGGAGGGCAGGCGGACGUACCUGGCGGGUCCCAUCCUGCAGGACGGCCGCCCCGACCCCUCGGCAGCAGGGAGCCCCUGGGAAGGGCGCCGCAUCGACUACAUCCUGUACCGCGAGCACCCCGCCCCCAUCAGCCUGACCACGGAGGUGGAGACGUUUUCCUUCAUCACCCAGCUGGCCGGCUGCUCGGACCACAUGGCUGUGGGGCUGCGGCUGCUCCUGAACCCUGCACCGCAGUGGCAGCAGCAAGUGUGAACCCCGGUGUCCGGGGUGGAAGGUCGAUGGAGAGUGCUCGUUAUGGUGGGGUGGGGCUGGGCCCUCCCCCUCCGUGUCCCCCCCUCCCGCCGGACUCGGAUAGGCCGCGAGGCCUGGGACCGGAUGGAGCUGGCUGGGCCAAGAGGCCCCUGGGGCUGUGCAGGGCUGUGUGGGGCUAGAGUUGCCCCCUGGGGCUCUGGUGGUCCCAUGGGAGGUGGGUCUGUGCUGGCCAGAGCCCCCCCGGCUCAGUGCCCCAGGAGGGGGACAGCCCCAGCACCUGGUCUCCAGGCUGGCGGGGGCCCCAGGUUCAGGCAUGCUGCUCUACUGCACCAGUGGGGCCCAGCACCCAUGGGUCUGGGUUCGGGGUCCCCGGGGGGGCGCAGGGGUGUGGCGCUGCCUCUGCAGACCUCACCCACUGCAGCAGGACGAGGGGACGGCUAUUUCCCAGGCUGCCAGCCGGCUUCUCCCCCGGCUCAGUGCCACGGGCUCCGUGGGCCCCCUCCCCAGCCCGUGAGCUGGGUGUUAGCUGGGCAGGGGCUCCCCGGCACUGGCGUGGGGGCCGUGUCUGCCCCUGCUCCGCACCGCGAGGCCCGUCUGUCCCCCAGCAGGGCACAGUGCUCUUCAGCUGCGCCGUGGCUGCCACUGCCCCCGCUCACCUGUGCCCCGUGGGGUCGGGAGCUGGAAUUAAUAAAGCUUCCAAAGCACCUGUCCGCAUCUGUGCAUUGGGGACAGCUGGGGCUGAUUCUCCCCUGGCAGCUGCAGGCUGGCCACUGGCACAGCUACACCCCAACUUUGAACAGUCCCUGGUAGGAACCCUUCAGCAGGCUGGGUCCCCAGGGUCCCUCUCUCCCUUCAGGGGGCCAUGCAGCCCCCCUGGACUGAGCCUCAGGGCUCCAGCUCUCCUGCCCCAGGCUGCGAGCUCUGGCCAGCCCGUCCCCCGGGACUGACCUCAGUACAGACCUGGCUCCUCUGCCAGGCCCAGGCACCUCUGCCAUCGGCUGCGUCUGCGGGCAGCAGGGUUUGGCAGUCGGCUGUAACGGCGGCCUGGGGAAGCCAACGUUCCCAGGUGGACCAGGUCCGAGCAACCGGCCAAGUGGCCACACGAUCUGUCAGUCCCGGGCUCCAUCAGUCCCGGGCGAGAUCUGCCCAGUCUCUCUGAAGCCGGGUCUUAUCCAACCCCCCUCGGCCCCUUGUCCCAGCCUGCAGCCACCGGCUGAGCUCACAGCUCCCGCCUGCCCUGGGAGGGGUCAGGGUUCAGCCCUCAGAGCUCCCAUCACCCACCCAGAUCCUCCACGGGCUGGGUCAGCUCAGCCCCCUUCAACACCCUGUGACCCACCAGCUCCCGGCUCCUGCUCUGCCCCAGGUGUCAUCCCCCUUCGGCACCAUGCCAGGCCUCUCAGCAACCCCCCCUUGGGUACGGGGGGUCCCCAGGGCAAGGAGCCAUCACCCCCCACAGCCUGCCCAGGCCUCUCAGCCCUCGUAGCCAGUGAUGCCACGUGCGGCCGCUACACAGGAGUCAUUGGCAAAGGAGUCACGGUUCUGGUCUCUGGCCAAUGAGAUGCAACCCCAGGCUCCUGGGUCAGAGCCCCCUGCCCCUCCCAGCUCCCGGGUCAGAGCCCCCUGCCCC